CCAAGAGGCCAGUUAUACAUUUUCUCUGCUUCUGUGCUGGAGCUGUCUCCCUGUUGCAACUUGUAAUAAACCGGACACACAUACACAGGUACAAUUAUUUUCUGCUCAAACAAAAAAUACAGUAGUACCUACUAGUUAGCUCACUGACAUAGUUAACUUGCCAACCAGAUGAAAGGUCUAUUACUUUUCCUGCCUCACUCCAUUUUUCGAUUGGAUGGGUCUGAGUACAACAUUCAGACAUGGCGGAAGGAACGGUGGAGCAGGUUACGAAUGGAGAGCAAGAAGAAGCAUAUUUUUACCGAGAAAGGAUUAAAUGUACACCAGAAGAGGAGACAAGGCUCGAAAGGCAACACUUUUGGAAAGUGAUCGAUGCGUUUAGAUACUACAGGUACGGACUGUUUCAAAACAGCAGUAGUAUUUGGUAGCUAGCUUAUCCAUAACAGUCAUUUGACCCAGAUGUUCUGGCUAUCGUUAGUUCAAGUUUCUUUUAUUAGUAGUAUGUACGUGAUACACAUGGCAUACAACGUCCAACGGUGCAGGUUCCUUUUCGACAAUGCAACAACAAUAAGAAAUAAUAAAAUAAGAAUAGGAACAUGAAGUAACGUUAAAUGACUCAUGGAAGGAGGAUCUGGGGGCAAGUGUUUAAAUUGUGCAGUUGUGAUAUGUGUGUUCUGUUGAUGGAGGAACGUUUUGUCCGAAGAUUUUAGAAGAGGGAUGACUGAUUAUGGGGUCUUCACUAGUUAUCACAGCCAUAAAGUCAUGCCUAAACCCCGCCUAUUUCUGCAAUGUAUCUUCUUAAAGGCCCAGUGCAGUCAAUAAUACUGUAGUUGGAAUAAUAUUGUGAAAAUUAUGAUAAUGCCCGUUAGUGUAAGAGCUGUUUGAAAAGACCUCCUGAAAAUUCAGCCUUUUUAGGCAACCUGGUCUCAGCGCAUUUCGUAUUAUUCUGUAUGUAAAUCAGAGACACUCAUCUUUGUAUGAUAUGUUACGUUUUGUAUGGUAUCUAUUAAUUGGUGGAUGUCCGUCAAUUAUUUCAUAUGAUAUGUUAAGAAUUCCAAUUAUAUGUUACGAAUUUGCAAAACAUAUAAUAUGAUAUGUUACUAAUUCUAGCUAAGUGAGUUAGCUAGCUCACUAACGUUAGCUAGGCUAGGGUUAAGUUUAGGAGUUAGGUUAAAGGGAUACGGGAAGGGUUAGCUAAAAGGGUUAAGGUUAGCAUUAGGGUAAGGGUUAGAUAACAUGCUAAGUAGUUGCAAAGUAGUAAGUAGUAGAAAAGUAGCAAAUUAGCUAAAAUGCUAAAGUUGUCCGUCAUGCGAUUCGAACUCGCAACCUUUGGAUAGAAACAGCUGCAUUGGACCUUUCAAAUCUGAUUUUAAACCUAACCUUAACCUCACUGCUAACCUUAUGUGUAACCCUAACCUGAAGUUAAGACCAUAAACCACAUUUUUGUUUUCAUUAAUUUUUACGAUAGUACAUUUUUACUUUGUGGUAACUAGUGACAACCCUAAUUAUGUUGCAUAGCUAGCUAGCUAAAAUAGAUUGUGUAUUUAUAUCAGGGACCGUUUUGGCUCACUACAUUGUUCCAUACCAUCGCUAUUUAGCUAGUAGAAAAUAACAAAGAUAACUAAAAGAAGAUGCAAGAGCUAUAAAGUCCAGGCUGACAAAGACAAACAUUUAAUUUCAAUACAGUUACUCUUGUUACUUACAAACAAGGACAUCAUACAUGAUUAUGCCUAGUCUAUACAACCAUGUUCACCAUAGUGGAAGAUGCUUAGAAAAAUUGAAUAAAAGGGUUUUGUGAAUCUUUGUGUCAAGUCAUUUCAAGGAGUCUGCAUAUUGGGUUAGGCUUUAUCAGAAUUCAAAAAGGCUAUAAAAUAUGGGUUUCUAUUUUCCCGCAUCUGUGUUUCUGGACCCCCAUCUUCUCCUCCUCCUGUUCACCACGGCACCACCCUUCCCUUUUUCUUUGUCUAAUUCACCUCCCCUUAAUCUCAGGAUGCAUGUUCAGGAGCGGGUGAAUCGAGCAGAACGUCAGUUCCGGAGUCUUCCGGAGCAUCACCAGCUGCUGCUGCCCGGGGUCUUGCCCAACCUGGCCCGUAUCCGCCGCAGUGUGGACCACAACCAGGAGGUGCUGCAGGCCAUCGUGCUCAACUGUGUCCACAUGUUUGAGAACAUGGAGUACGGCGAAGAGGUGAGCUAAACGGUCGGAAAAGGUCACACUCAUGCUUUCUCGCAGUCACACCAGGCACUACUUGUAGCGCUCAAACUACUGGAAAUCAGUUAUUUUUAAUGGAAAGAGGAGACACAAGGAGUCAUUUAGCGAUUUAACCACUGGCAACUAGAGAGCUCGCUGCCAAAGUUGAGAAAUCCAACUUUAUGCAAAAUGGUCAGUGAUGCGAAUGCGGAAUAACCAAUCGGAGGAGGGAGGGUCUUACUUGCUAGCUUUGACACUGUGCUGGAUAGGCUAACAACCAAUUGGGUGUUUUGCAUGCUGUUCGGAAGAUACACCCAUGGGGGAAGAUAUCAGAGAUUCCUUACUACAAGGCAGCCUCUGGUGUAACCACCCUGUUAGUCAUCGUCUUCCUCUUUGUGGUAGGAGAGGUAGUAUGCUGCAUCUAGGUGUGCUGUGCAAGAAAAAUACAGUAGUAGUAGGAUGAGCUGAAUGUUUUUCUAUUCUAGUAUACCACACCAGCACACACUUCAAUAGUUAUUGUAGUAAUGUACAUUUUAGAAGAUAGAUCUUAGAUUCAUUUGCUGCCAUGAUCCUUUCCCCAUUGGAUGAAGUUUGAGGAGUUGAAGUGAAUCUGUCUUUCUGUCCAGGAUGACCUGAGGAAGGUGGGUACGUCUUCCACGUUCGACAUGGACAAGCUCAAGUCCACCAUUAAGCAGUUUGUGCGUGACUGGAGUGAGGCGGGCCAGGCUGAGAGAGACUCCUGCUACCUGCCCCUCAUCCAAGAGAUCCAGAGACUCUUUCCCAGCAACAAGUGGUGAGCACACACACACACAGUCUUGAAUUCUAACUCUGUUGUGUGAUUUUAUAUUUUGAAUUACGUGUCUAUUCUGUCAGAGAUGGUGUGGUUGUUUCUGUAGUGAUGUGUCCAAGGUGAGCGUGCUGGUUCCAGGGGCAGGGCUUGGUCGCCUAGCGUGGGAAAUCGCUCGUCUGGGUUACGCCUGUCAAGGCAACGAAUGGAGUUUCUUCAUGCUAUUCUCCUCAAACUUCGUCCUCAACAGGUAACACUCACUUCAGCCCUAACCAGGGGUUUAAAGUAGAUUUAAUUUCUUCCCAUUACGGGACCUCCUAUGUGUGCACCUAAAAAAUGUAUGGGCAUAACAUGCCCAGCCCUGGACGUUCUGCCAUCCUAGGCAAGAAAAAAAUUUGCCACCCCCCUCCUAUCCCGCUAAACUAGAAUGGUGUACAGCAGGGGUCUGCAAUAGGUUUGCCCUUGGGCCAAUUUUCUUCUCAGCUAAUAGUCGGCAGAACAACAUAAUAGCAGCCCAAUUCAUAAGCCUAUUCAUAACACAUCUGGUUAGUAGGCUAUAUAAUCAGUUCAAUGCCAAUAACAUAUCCUAAUAUUUUCAAUCUGAUUAUACUGAUAAAAUCACCAAUGUCUCUAUUAUUAAAUUAUUUUUAAAAAUAUUUCUUUGUGUGUUGAUUGGGGAAAAACUGCUUGCAAUCAAGAUAAAAUGUAGCUCUGAAAAAGUCUCAAAAGAAAAGUGGAUAAUGAAAAUAGAAGUUUCAGGGAAGAGUGGACAGAGAAAUAAGCAUAUUUCUCCAAUGUCAAACCAGAGUCUUGUUUGUAACGCAACGGUUGCGGUUUGCAAAUAAUUAAAUAUUAGACAUCGUUAUUAAUCUAAACAUGGCACUUUCAAAAGUUACCUUUCCACCCAGACAGACCCUCGACCGACGCAGAAAAAUGUAAGCUUCAACUGCUGGCUACUCAUCCGUUGCUUAACCCAACAACAGAAGUGCUUCCCUAAAAGUUGCCUGGGUUUAACAUAUUCUCUUUUCAGAAAAUGAAAAGCUAAAUUAACAGGGACAGAAUAGCAAAGCCCAUUUUUUUGUCUCCUCCAAUAUUGAAGGCUGCAGCUCAGCUUCAGAAUGUCAUAGAAACUAAUCAGUAUAUUCCCAUAUGCAUCAGUCACGUCUUUUGUGGGCAUUUUAAAGCUUGUUUCUAGCAUAAGGCAUCACAGAGUUAAGCAUUGUUAUAGAAUGCUUCAUAUUAUCUGGAUACGUUUUAUUUAUUUAUUUCAAAAUAUAAAGCUUUAACAAAGGGUACGGCAUACCCUCACUCAAUUUGAGCCCUUGUUUUAACCAAACACACCAAGCCCUUCCCAGACACUGAGGUAUUUAAGGAGUGCACGGUGACAGUAUUGGAGGAUUUGGCUAUACCGACAAAUCUAUGGAUAGCAUAAUUGUGUCUGUCAAACAGGUAGGCCUACCUCUUUUUUUAUAUAGGAAGAAAUAGCCUCCAACAAAGCCCUCUUGUUGUUAGUGAAGUCAAAUUAAAAUGAAGAAUUACUUUCAGCACCAUUUGCUGUCCACCUCUGUUUAGAUUAUGCCACAGCCACACCAAAGCUGAUGUUUGCCCGCUAGCCUUUUUAGUUGACUUUCUCCUGCACUCUCUCUCCUCAUGAAUAAGUGAAUGAUUGAAAAAGUGUCUGUCUCAUGACAUUGUAAUACAUUUGGUCUCCAGGCUAUGCGGUUACAGAAAAACCACAUAGGCUACUACUCUUUCUACCGUAGGCUACAUCAUUUAUGUUAAAUGAAUUUGUUGGAGCGUGGUAGAGUGCAGCGUCUUUCCAACAGCACGCUGGGCAUGGAUAAGCUAAAUAUUUUGCACCCCUGCCUUUGGCAAAGUGGGCUCUGCUUAUAGCCCACAUACCACUGGGUGAGAGAAGUUAUUGUUUUUGGGCAGAAUAAUGUGAGGUGUUGUGUUGUUGGAGGUGCGUCUUGGUCAGUUUAAGUCGGGAAAUGCUGCCCUCAUCAAACUGCCGCUCUAGGCUGCUGCCUAAUCCUGCCUAAUGGGCGAGCCGCCCGUGGGGCCUAAUCAUAGAAUUAUAUUUAGCAUUCCUAUUCAUUCAAUAGCAUUUUUUUGUGAGCCAUAAUUUUUUUUCAUUUCAUUUUUAUUAUGGAAUAAACACAACCAGUCAUGACGUUUUCAUCUGAUUUUCAAACAAUGACUUCAAAGGGCUCUUUUACUAGGCUACCCGCGCACGUUCAUCCACUCGCAACAUAUUUCCAGCCUCCAAACAGUGGUGAAUGGAAAGAGACAUCCGUUACACAAAACACCAAAAAGUGUAAUGACAUUUGGUGAUUGUCAUUAGGCCAGAAUUAAUUCCUCCACUGCUGUCCGUGCGAGUCUCUGUCGGCCACUCAUCUCUGCCUUGGCAAAAUGUCAGUGUUCUUCUCGAACCACAUCGUAUUUUGGAGCGUAAGCUAUAGGCCUACCACCUGUUUUCAAGUCAAUUUUUCAUGCCUCUAACAUACGGUAAUGAUAAAUAAGGGUGUAAUACAGUUUUCUAGACAUUUUGUUUUCAUUAUUGCGUACCCCCACUAUUUAUUUUGCCGGGACACCGUACCGGACGGUACCGCCUUACUUUCAACCCUGGCCCUAACUCAAGCCUUGCAUAUGAUGCAAUAAUUCAGGCCUUGCAUAUGUUGCACUGUGUGUCAUUUAAUGACAGAGUAUUAAACAUGUUGAAAUGUAUGUGUCUGGUGUGUUUAUGUGCCUGAGAACUUGGGCCAAAUCAAUUGCCUAGCAUAUCAAAUUAGCCCAAUGCAAUCAUCUUUGUUGGUGAUCUUUUUCUCACACUACUGUUGUUCAGCUUAUCUUACCUUGGCUCUGUUCUUCCUGAGGUGUGAAAAGGUCAACUCCAUGACCCUGUACCCCUGGAUCCACCAGUUCAGCAACAACAAGAGGUCAUCUGACCAGACGCGGCCAAUCAGCUUCCCAGACGUCAACCCCCAGAGCCUGCCUCCAAACUCGGACUUCUCCAUGGUGGCAGGGGACUUCCAGGAGGUCUACACAGAGCCUAGUGAGUGGUGAGCCUCACACAGGCUGUCUGAAAGAUCAACAAGUGCAAUGAGUGAUCAGGGCCUGUAUUCACAAAGCGUCUCAGAGUAGGAGUGCUGAUCUAGAAUCAGGUCCCACCUUGUCUUAUUCAUUAUGGUCUAAAAGGCUAAACUGAUCCUAGAUCAGCACUCCUGUUCUUAGACACGGGUUCUUCUCUCUCUGUGAGUGACAUGUUGUUAUGUGAAUUGGCCACAUUGAACAGUCAAUAGUGAAAGUGAGCAAUCUGUCCUAGACACAGAUUAUUUGUUAUUACCUGUGUUGGUUGGUAUUAGCAAUAAGGUGAGACAGGUUAAACGAGUAUCAUUGUGGUCUUUCCUCUCAGACACCUGGGACUGUGUGGCUACCUGCUUCUUCAUCGACACAGCGCACAACGUCAUCGACUACGUAGAGACCAUCUGGAACAUUCUCAAACCUGGAGGCGUGUGGAUCAAUCUUGGUGAGCGACGAUAUGUUCAACAAACCUCCUUACUGACCAGUGAAAGAGGUUCUCUUCUACGCAUUUUUGGUGUAGUUGCUGUUUUAACUUACGGUUAGUGUGUGAUAUACUGUAUGUCAGUGGCGGUCGGUGCCGUAUAAGAUGAGGGAGGACGUUUUUUUAAUGAGCAUGGCCUUAUUUCUAUUACAGCAUAUUGAAUGACUGUCAUUAAUAGUCCAUUCACCCAGUUCAAUGUAACAUCGAUAGGUUUAGGCUACUACAUGAUACUCGCUAUACCCGUAAAUUGUCCCUAUACCCAUCAUGAGGUUGCUACAACCUAGCCUACGACUGAAAGUUUACAACGUAGGUGCACACGUCGACAGAAAAAUUUGAGGAAUAAAGGUGACAGUGACAAAUGUAAUACUGCCUUGCAAACUCUUUCCUGCAUCUAGCUGAUCUAGGAUGUAAUCAUUAGUCCAACAGUUGCAAACAAUACUUUCUAUUGGACAAAUUCAGGUAUGUUUAUCCCUGUUUUGUUCCGUUUGCUUCCGUUUAAGAAAUGUUUUUCAAUGGAAUUGGCAGAAUGAAUACACCCCUGAUCACACGCAAACAGUUCACUUUCAUAGCAGCCACAUAUACUGAACAAAAAUAUAAACGUAACCUCCAAUGUUGUUUUAGAGAAUUUGGCAGUACGUCCAGCCGGCCUUACAACUGCAGACCAUGUGUAACCACGCCAUCCCAAUACCUCCACAUCUGGCUUAAUCACCUGCAGGAUCGGGGGGAGGGGGCAGAGGAGUAUAAAGCCCCUUUGUGGGGAAAAGCUCAUUCUGAUUGGCUGGGCCUGGCUCCCCAGUGGGUGGGCCUGGCUCCCAAGUGGGUGGGCCUAUGCCUUCCCAGGCCCACCCGUGGCUGCACCCCUGCCCAUUCAUGUGAAAUCUAUAGAUUAGGGACUAAUUCAUUUAUUUCAAUUGACUGAUUUACUUAUAUGAACUGUAACUCAGUAAAAUCUUUGAAAUUGUUGCAUGUUGCAUUUAUAUUUUUGUUCAGUACACAAACAGCAUAAUAAUUUGCUUGUUGUAUAAUUCCUUCUCGCAUCUACGCGCUCUCCUCCUCUCACCUUUUCCCUUCGCUUGUGGACUUCAGUGCAGAAAACAACAAGGCGAGAAAAACCUUUCCAAGCCAAACCUUCAUACCAUAACCGCUACACAAAGUCUACAUCUUUGUCACCAUAUUAGCUAAUGUCAUAGACAACAUACAGUGGGGAGAACAAGUAUUUGAUACACUGACGAUUUUGCAGGUUUUACUACUUACAAAGCAUUUAGAGGUCUGUCAUUUUUAUCAUAGGUACACUUCAACUGUGAGAGACAGAAUCCAAAAAUCCAGAAAAUCACAUUGUAUGAUUUGUAAGUAAUUAAUUUGCAUUUUAUUGCAUGACAUAAGUAUUUGAUACAUCAGAAAAGCAGAACUUAAUAUUUGGUACAGAAACCUUUGUUUGCAAUUACAGAGAUCAUACGUUUCCUGUAGGUCUUGACCAGGUUUGCACACACUGCAGCAGGGAUUUUGGCCCACUCCUCCAUACAGACCUUCUCCAGAUCCUUCAGGUUUCGGGGCUGUUGCUGGCCAAUACGGACUUUCAGCUCCCUCCAAAGAUUUUCUAUUGGGUUCAGGUCUGGAGACUGGCUAGGCCACUCCAGGACCUUGAGAUGCUUCUUACGGAGCCACUCCUUAGUUGCCCUGGCUGUGUGUUUCGGGUCGUUGUCAUGCUGGAAGACCCAGCCACGACCCAUCUUCAAUGCUCUUACUGAGGGAAGGAGGUUGUUGGCCAAGAUCUCGCGAUACAUGGCCCAAACCAUCCUCCCCUCAAUACGGUGCAGUCGUCCUGUCCCCUUUGCAGAAAAGCAUCCCCAAAGAAUGAUGUUUUCACCUCCAUGCUUCACGGUUGGGAUGUUGUUCUUGGGGUUGUACUCAUCCUUCUUCUUCCUCCAAACACGGCGAGUGGAGUUUAGACCAAAAAGCUCUAUUUUUGUCUCAUCAGACCACAUGACCUUCUCCCAUUCCUCCUCUGGAUCAUACAGAUGGUCAUUGGCAAACUUCAGACGGGCCUGGACAUGCGCUGGCUUGAGCAGGGGGACCUUGCGUGCGCUGCAGGAUUUUAAUCCAUGACGGCGUAGUGUGUUACUAAUGGUUUUCUUUGAGACUGUGGUCCCAGCUCUCUUCAGAUCAUUGACCAGGUCCUGCCGUGUAGUUCUGGGCUGAUCCCUCACCUUCCUCAUGAUCAUUGAUGCCCCACGAGGUGAGAUCUUGCAUGGAGCCCCAGACCGAGGGUGAUUGACCGUCAUCUUGAACUUCUUCCAUUUUCUAAUAAUUGCACCAACAGUUGUUGCCUUCUCACCAAGCUGCUUGCCUAUUCUCCUGUAGCCCAUCCCAGCCUUGUGCAGGUCUACAAUGUUAUCCUUGAUGUCCUUACACAGCUCUCUGGUCUUGGCCAUUGUGGAGAGGUUGGAGUCUGUUUGAUUGAGUGUGUGGACAGGUGUCUUUUAUACAGGUAACGAGUUCAAACAGGUGCAGUUAAUACAGGUAAUGUGGAGAACAGGAGGGCUUCUUAAAGAAAAACUAACAGGUCUGUGAGAGCCGGAAUUCUUACUGGUUGGUAGGUGAUCAAAUACUUAUGUCAUGCAAUAAAAUGCAAAUGAAUUACUUAAAAAUCAUACAAUGUGAUUUUCUGGAUUUUUGUUUUAGAUUCCGUCUCUCACAGUUGAAGUGUACCUAUGAUAAAAAUUACAGACCUCUACAUGCUUUGUAAGUAGGAAAACCUGCAAAAUCGGCAGUGUAUCAAAUACUUGUUCUCCCCACUGUAGCUAGCUACUAGAAUUAACUUGUUAAUAAACCGCUACAAUCAUGUAGUACAGUGUACAGCAAGCAGUUUAGCAGUUACACCGGGUGUUUGAGUAGGCUAAACUAAUUAGCUGCAUUCAUUAGCUAGGUAAGUGAAAGUGAAACAAAUACAAUGAAAUAUAGCUAACUCUCUCUAUUGCUUCUCCUUCAUUUUUGAAAAAAUGAAUUUGUUUCCAAACUGUUCAACUAUUGUAUUUCUCUCUCUUUGAGUCAACUACACACCACAUUUUAUGCACUACAGUGCUAGCUAGCUGUAGCUUAUUCUUUCAGUACUAGAUUAAUUAUCUGAUCCUUUGAUUGGGUCGACAACGGCAGUUCAUACUGCAAGAGCUCUGAUAGGUUGGAGGACGUCCUCUGGAAGUUUUCAUAAUUACUGUGUAAGUCUAUGGAAGGGGGUGAGAACCAUGAGCCUCCUAGAUUUUGUAUUGAAGUCAAUUUAUCCAGAGGAGGACGGAAACUACCCCAGAGAGUGCUUUUGAGGAUACUGUAGACCAUUGCAAAGCAGUGUUUUAAUCAAUUAUUUGGUGACGUGAAUAUAUUUAGUAUAGUUUUUCCUAAAAAGGAUACCUUUUUUUAUUGUUUCACUAUUUUUUUUUUUUUAAAUACACUGAGGAUGGUCCACCCAUUCCUCCUCUGAGGAGCAUGCACUGCUGUAUGUAUACUUUUACCAAAGCUGCAAUUCCUCCCUUGCCUAUAGGCCCACUGCUGUACCACUUUGAGAACAUGGCCAAUGAGCUCUCCAUCGAGCUCAGCUACGAGGACGUCAGGGAGGCCAUUUUAAAAUAUGGAUUCCAUUUGGAGGUAAAGUCGUUUUUUUAGUUAAAAAAAUAUAUAAAACAGGUGUACAGAUUGGAGGAAUAAGAUGAACUACUACUUCAGUUUACAGUAAAGAAAAGUAUAAAACAUUGUUUUCAGUUAAUGUUGUUAAUGUUGUUUGGCCUAAAACACCCUGUCUUUCACUGCAGGUGGAGAGAGAGUCUGUACCCACUACAUACACGGAGAAUGAUCAGUCCAUGCUGAAGUACCUGUACGACUGUGUUUUCUUUGUGGCAAGGAAACCUGACCAUCUGUAUGCCAACGGUUUCCAGGUGGUCCAUGAGAACAGACUGGAAGCGUCGCCACGGCGAGAGAGCUGCGACAGUCUGACGUGACAUCGUCUGUCAUGACAUAGCAGAGCAACAACCGAAAAAACGCGAUUGGCCACUGCCGAGAGCAUAAAAAAAAAGAGUAAGAUGACAGAAACACAAGUCAAUGGACAGGUUUGCUUUCAUGUUUCUUCUUCUUUAUAUUAUCUAAUCGCCAGAGCUGCCCAAUCACCUUCCUUCCCCCCUGAGCCUUUGAGAUUGAGACGGAUGCCUAUUAUGAACUCAAGUGACUAAAUCUUUCAGCCCAGGACUGUUUGUCUUCAGUUAAAGAGGCAAGGUGACGCCUCUAUGGUGACCUGAUGUAGUUGCAUGCUUGUCAGAGACCCGCCUCUGUCUUCCCAAUAUAUUUAUUUUGUAAAAUAGUUACCAACUCUGGCUAUUUAUAGUAUUUUUUUUGUUCAUCACUUAAAGUCAGUUGCUGAAGUGGCUGGAGUUGGUAAUACUGAGGGUAGGACAAAGUUAUUUUAACCUUUAUUAUAUGAUUGGACACAGAUUGAGUUUCAGCAUUACAACCUGGAUCUAGUUACUGUCUCACUUAACAAUAAAGAAAAACACAAUUCUUUAAAAAAAAGAAACAUGUUUCAUUGACAGGGGGAUUGUCGAAUUUAGUGUCUUUAGGGUCGUUCCAUGAAAAGUGCCUUUGAUAUUAACUAUUAAUUGUGCACCAAUAUAGAAUUUU